CAUAAAGAAGACUCAAAACAGGAGCCAAACAAAAGACUCAAAACAGGAGCCAUCUCACUCAUGACUUUACCAAACCUUAAUAAUGAUGCACUAGUAUAUUCCCACUAAACCACACUAACUAUUCAAUUCUAGUGAUCUUCUUAAUAUACUGUAUUCUUUAUUGCUUGACUUUUACUUUACUUUGAUAUUCUGAGCCUGCAACUACAAUGGAUUCUCAAGAAAUGAUGAAAACAAUAAAACCUCAAGAAAUCCAUUUAGUAUCAACCACAACAGAUGAUUGUGAAGAAUACAAUUUAUUACUCUGGGCAUUAAAUCAUUCAUCUAUAGUUGGUUUAGAUGCUGAAUGGGCAUGUUCUAAUGAGAUUAGAAUAUACACUUUCCCAACUGUUGCUCUUCUUCAAAUAGCUUGUAGAAUCAAUGAUGAACACUUAGAGGAUAGAGAUUCACAGAACAAAAUCUUGGUUUUCUUAGUUGAUCUUCAAGAGAUUGUUAGACUUUCCUCUACCCUUACUUCAAUUUAUCAACUUCUUAAGGAUUUGUUUGCAUCACCUCAUAUAUUGAAACUUGGGUUUUCAUUUAAGCAAGAUUUUACUUACUUGUCGUCUACUUUUGCAUCUCAUGGUUUCCCUCCUGGAUUUGAUAAGCUAGCACCAUUCGUAGAUAUUUCAACUCUAUAUCAUGAAGGCCAGCUACAACAGAAGCAACCGGGAGAAGAAAUUUCUAAGAAUUUGAAAGGCUUGGCAACUGUAUGCAAAGAAGUGAUUGGUGUUACACUUUCCAAGGAACUUCAAUGUAGCGACUGGUCAUUCCGCCCUCUAACAGAAGAUCAAAAAACAUAUGCUACUGUGGAUGCACAGUGCUUACUGGAAAUCUUUGAUGUUUUUGAGGAGAAGGUUCUUAUAGAAGAAGCCUCUAAUUUCAACGCCUCACGCGUAAAGACUGCUCCACCAAGAAUUUCUCUAUUGAACAUUAUUGGAAGAUACGGCGAAAAAAAUUUUCUGAAGCAUUUCGAUAGAAAACCGAAAACUCCUAAACAACCACCGCAACCAUUUAGUAAGAAAACAAGGAAGAAAAUGCAAAAGUUAGCUGCACCGCUUAAGAUUCGCAAAUCUUCCACCUCAGCAGAUACAACUAAGGAAGCUAAAUUCAAUGAAGGUUGUGGUAAUUUGCAAGAAGCUAAACUCAUUGAAAGUCGUGGUGAUCUGCAAGAGCCUCCACCAGGAGAUUCUUCGUUAGUUAUUCUUGCUCCACCAGGUCCACCAGAGGAUUCGUCGUUGAUUACUCUUAGUACUCCACCUCAGCAGUUGAGUAAGAAAUCAAGGAGGACGAAGAAGAAGAUGCAAAGCUUAGCUUUACCGGUAUAAAAUUGUCAGACCUACGACAUCAGCGAAUUUAACCGAGGAUGCUAAACUGAUUGAAGGUUUCGGUGACUCACAAGGGCCUGCACCAGGGGACUCGUCUUCUUGUGGUGAUGUAGGGGGUGAUGGGUGCGCAAAACCUGUGGGUGCUGUCAUGCCUCAAGCUAAAGUUGCUAAAAGUAUUCCAAAUCGUGGUGGUCACAACUCCACCGAGGACUCUGUAGUCUGCCAACUUUGUGGUAAGCCUUCUCAUACCGCUUCUGAUUGCUACAAACGCUUUGAUAAGGGUUUCAAACCGCGAUGGAUAAAGAAAGGGAGGACACAGCCUGCAUCUUCUCAACCUCCCAGUUGUGUCUGUCACACAUCCUUCCUCUACUGUUUUUGAGUGUGUGAUUUGACUAGUCGUCUACCCAAAAUGUACCAAGUUAUAUUUGGUGGUUAUAUCCAAAAUUAUACUGUUUGUAAAUUUGGAUAGUGUAAUCAACUUUGUUACUGAAUCAUCGUUAGAGUGUGUGCACAGGAUCAGACUUUAGACAGGUCGGACACAUCACUUGGCCCUAAUUUCCAAAUGGAUUUUAACAAACUGCCACACUUGCG